AUGGAUACUCCGAAGCGCAGCUCGUCUCCAGACCCUCUGGCAUAUCCAGGCGACCCUGAAUUCCUGCUUUCAUCUGCCAUGAAGCCAUUUUCUCAACGGAGACUAAGCAUGACGCCUUUCAAACCUCGAACUCCGCGAAACCCAUGGUCUACAAAAGCCAAAGUCAAAAGUACAAAGGGUGCGACGUCGAUAAAAUACCCGGAUAUCAUUUUACCGUCCACGCCCUCCGGAGAUCGCUUUCGCCGGAAGUCACUCUCCCCCACCAAAACAACUUUGCAUUCGGAGAACAAUAUAAGCCCUUGGCGCAUUCGGGUGACACUCGAAGCCGAGCGCGACGAUGAAGAAGGAGGGGAAACCAGCGUAGGCCAAACUGCAGUUGGAAAUUGGACAAAUGGAAAUACUUUAAUGAUACCUAUGAAGACUGAGCCUUCGCCGGCGCGGGCAUCACCCAAAAAGCGGCCGGGGAAACCAAAAAACCCUGGUAUAUCAAAUCGCGUACCAACCCCAAGGAAAAAGCAACUUGGUGAACCAUCCGAUGUCCCACAUACCGGAGGAAAGCGAAAGCGGGGGCGACCGAGGAAAACCAUAGAGCCGACUGAAGAAAAUUCACCUAUUCGAGACAUAUCACCCACCAAAUCUAUCGGGCAGCUGCCCAGUGGAGAUGAUUUAUUUUUGGAUAUUGCGCAGAGUGGCGUUGAUAAUGAGGAUACCAGCGGGACCCCAAUCACCCACCCCCUGCAAGACGCUCAUUUCGACACUGAGAUUUCAACCAAGCAACAUCAUAGCUCUCCCAGGGUUGAUGUAACUGGGACCUCCAAUGUCUUAAAUGAUAGAGAGGGCUCCUCUCCCUCAGGGACCACAUUUCCUGUACAAAUUGACGGUGGCUCAUCGCCAAUAAAUGUAGAGUUUGCUGGGCACACCCCUCGGCCCAAAAUCCGUUUGUAUCCAACCCCCACAUCCUCAUCACAACUGGAUGACGAAAUAGACACUGCAGACACUGCUUCUAAGAAGGGUAGGAUCAUAGCCGACCCUACUGAGGAACACAGGGAAUUCGAUUCUAUAAUGGAAAGUGAAGGGUUUAGCAUGGUCACAUUGAACUCGCUACCAUCGGCACAACAAAAUCUUCUUGGUUCGUUGCAUAAGCGUCCUGCUAGAAAUGGAUUAACGAAAGGUAUUCUCCAGCCUUCUUCAAGAAACAAGGCUGUACGAUCAGCAGAUCCAACAGCCCAUAUCGCCACCGCCUUAUCUGUGGAUGAAUCAUUUCAAAAUACUCGAUCUAUGGCAGCAAUACUCUCGCCAGAAAAGGUUUCUGAGCAGCACAGCCCUAUAUCCCAACAUGUUGGUGACACGGUUUCCCUACAUGCAACGACCACGACUUCCAAGCCCCCACCUAGCAAUACUGUUGAUCGCAGACCUCUGGUUCGGCUAGUGCGUAUCGUCAAGGUUGGCAUUUCACUCCAGAGGAUGAUGAAUCGAAAUGCACAGCUUGAGGAAUACCAACCGAUUCCGAAUAUUGAUCUAGAUUCCACGAGGCAACGAUUAGACAGUAUCUUUGCAGAUUUUAGCGUCGAUAUUCAAAGAGAUCUGUGUGCCGGGGUUCGUUUUGGAGAAGAGCUGGCUCAAAGAAUUCGAGAAGCGCAUAAGAAACGGCGAAUAGAACCGGCCGACAACCCUGUCCACUCUAGUUUGCACCAAGAAGAAGUUCAAUACCCCCUACUUGAUAUUGCGGUCGAUGGUUCUUCGUCAGAUUUCGACGGGUCGCAACCUGAUAAGCCUAUGAGCCCGGUUGACCGAGGUCUUAAUGGAGGCGACAAUUUGACGGAGACAAUCGACCUAGAGAUGGCAAAGCGUGAAGCGGAAUGGCAGCGCGAAAGAGAGGCGAUUAGCAGCCAAAUAGAAGCGGCAAAUGCCAGCCAGGUGAUUAUCAUUGAUAGCGACGACGAUGACCCCAACUCUGCUGCUGUUAGACACUUGGAAGUGGAAAGGAACGAGUUUGGAAACUCUAUGGCUGCUUACGAUGAUGAUUACGAGGAUAUCUGGCAACAAGAAGCUCGAGAAGCAGCUGUACCCUCGGAAUCACCUUCAUUUGCUGAUGUCACUCAUGAUGAUACCGUUCACCCGCGUCUGAAGCAUGUCACUACAAUGGAAGAUGUAGGAUACGAACAGGGUGAGGAAUUACUUCCCGAUCUCGCUUGGUCUGCGCUUGGGAAAAAAUACCCCUUGAUGUCAUUUGGGAAAUCACAGUUGGCAAAGUAUCGAGAUAAAGAUUUUGAAUUUUCUUCGCUAAUUGGAACCCCCGAGAGUUCGACAAAGAGAUUCAUUCAAGGUGGCUCUGUGUCUGUUACGAGUGAACCGCACCCGCACCAGGUGAUUGCAAAGGAGAAACACGCGGCGGAGCCAAACUCCGUGCCUGUCAAAGCUGCAAGGGAGGUUAUUCCUGAUAUAAAGGAUUUGCCGCGUUCUGAACGAGCUCAGUCAAUAUCAAGUGGCUCCAUUUCAGAACUUCCCCCGCCCCCAUCACUCAAAUAUACGGGUAGCGAUCUCAUGACGAACGAUCAGGAGGGACUAUCGCCUGCCAAUCAAUCACCGCCGCCUUUGCUAGGUACUCAAAACCAGAGUCAAUGGGAUGAUGGUGGCAGGAGUCAAGUGGCGUUUGAUGAUGUGCAGAAGGACGGUCUAGACAUGGGAGAUAUUGUGACUGUUUCUCCAGAUGUUAAGCCUCCAGAAUGUGCCACACCGGCGUCGAGGUGGUACGACCGAAUAACGGGACUGGCCCCAAAAUGGCUUGCCGCCACACGUACUCCACAGGACAAAAACCAAGACCAAUUGCAUAACAUGAUAGAGCCAGCGUCUCCUCAGUCAGUGGUUCAAAAACCCUCACAUCAAAGCCACCCAGCAGCGCAUAGGAGGAAACAACCAGCCAGCAAGCAAUUGGCACUAUCAGGCUAUUUCACCGAUGACCACUAUGUCGCUCUGCGCCAUGUUUACCACCAAGCCAAACAGUCCCCUCAUCUCUUCCCCUUUGUCUCGACGCCCGAGCGCGAGGCGAUGCUGGGUAAGUGGAUGUGGUCCGUUGACGGCCAUCAAUAUCGGCAAGUCACCGAAAUCCAGCUAGCCAUUGUCGACAAGUUCAGACAAGACCUUGUCAACGCAAACAGGCGGCGCGGCGGGUCCGAUAACUUAGGAUGGAGCGAGGAAGAUAUUCUGUGGAGGCUGUUUAGCAUUAUUGUUGGAGAGAAGCUGAGGAGGGAACGAAAGAGGCAGUAUGCUGCUGAAAGCAGGAUAUGCUGA